CCAUAAUCCACGUACAAUGUGCUUCGGAACACAAUCAUAAUCACUUUCCAUGGUUUUGGCGAUUUUCUUCAAUCACUAACCAAUUUUUUCGUUCUUUCGUUUGAAUUAUCAGAUUCAAUCUCACUUUUUGAUCUCAAACAACAAACAAAAAGACUUGUAUAAAUCAAUACACGUUCGUAAUCUUUAAUUUGGUGAUGAUUAUCGUAUUAUUUUGAUCGGAAUUGUGCGAUAAGAUGGCAUCGGAACAAUUAAUGCCUGAGGGGGGAAGCGGGUCUCGUUACUCGCAAAUGCAAUCGGAGCAAUCGGCGAUGUCGUCGUUCUUCUCGCUUCAGAACCCGCCUGAGGCAAGUCGAAUUUUCGAUGAGCUGCCAAAUGCUACAAUCGUUCAAGUAUCUCGUAAUGAGGCUGGUGAUAUUAGCCCCAUGCUCCUGACUUACACUAUUGACUUCGAAUACAAACAGUUUAAGUGGCAACUAGUGAAGAAGGCUUCACAUGUAUUUUAUUUACACUUUGCAUUGAAGAAACGUGCCAUCAUUGAAGAAAUCCAUGAAAAACAAGAGCAGGUCAGAGAAUGGCUUCAAAAUCUAGGAAUCAUGGAUCAUCAUGCAGUUGUGCAUGGUGAUGAUGAAGAGCCCGAUGAUGAUGUCACACCAGUAACCAAUGAUGAGAGUGUCAGAAACAGAGAUGUUCCAUCAAGAGCAGCAUUGCCAAUCAUUCGCCCAGCUCUUGGAAGACAACAUUCCAUGUCAGACCAAGCAAAGCAAUCAAUGCAGGGGUAUUUAAAUCAUUUUCUUGGGAACCUGGACAUUGCAAAUUCUAGAGAGGUUUGCAGGUUUAUGGAGGCUUCUAAGUUAUCGUUUUGUCCAGAAUAUGGCUCAAAACAUAAAGAAGAAUAUGUACUUGUGAGACAUUUACCGAAAUUUCCAAGUAAUGAUGACAGUAGAAUGUGUUCUGCUUGUCAUUUGUUCAGCUGCUGUAAUGACAACUGGCAGCAGGUUUGGGCUGUUCUUAAACCGGGUUUUUUGGCCCUGUUAAAAGAUCCGUUUGACAAGGAGCCAUUAGAUAUUAUUGUUUUUGAUGUUCUACCUUCAUCAAAUGCGAAUGGGGAAAACGGAGUGUCAUUAGCACUUGAAAUCAAUGAACAUAACCCCUUACGCCAUGCAUUUGAGGUGUCAAGUGGGAAUCGAAGAAUAAGAUUAAGAAGUAAAAAUAAAGCUAAAGUAAAAUCAUGGGUUGCUGCCAUUAAUGAUGCUGGACUCCGGCCACCUGAGGGCUGGUGUCAUCCUCACCGGUUUGGCUCUUUUGCUCCACCUCGUGGUCUGACUGAUGAUGAUAGUCAAGCUCAGUGGUUUGUUGAUGGUCGUGCAGCUUUUGAUGCAAUUGCUUUAGCAAUUGAAGAGGCAAAAUCAGAGAUAUUUAUGUGUGGAUGGUGGUUGUGCCCAGAUUUGUAUUUGAGGCGUCCUUUUCAUGCAAAUGCAUCCUCUCGCCUUGAUGCUUUACUGGAGGCAAGAGCUAAGCAAGGUGUUCAGAUUUAUAUUCUCAUGUACAAAGAGCUUGCUCUUGCGCUCAAAAUUAAUAGCUUUUUUAGUAAGAAAAAGCUGGCAGCUCUUCAUGAGAAUAUCAGAGUUUUACGUUACCCUGACCAUUUCUCUAGUGGUGUGUAUCUAUGGUCCCAUCAUGAGAAAUUGGUCAUUGUUGAUUAUGAGGUAUGCUUUAUUGGUGGAUUAGAUCUUUGCUUUGGUCGUUAUGACUCAUAUGAGCACAAAGUGGGUGAUCAUCCUCCUACGAUAUGGCCUGGAAAGGACUACUAUAACCCAAGGGAAUCUGAGCCUAAUUCUUGGGAAGAUACUAUGAAGGAUGAACUGAAUCGUGAAAGAUAUCCUCGUAUGCCAUGGCAUGAUGUCCACUGUGCCUUGUGGGGACCACCAUGUCGUGAUAUUGCUCGCCACUUUGUUCAGCGUUGGAAUUAUGCAAAGAGAAAUAAAGCUCCCAAUGAGCAAACAAUUCCACUACUUAUGCCUCAACAACACAUGGUUAUCCCACAUUACAUGGGUUCUGGUAGAGAACAAGAAGAUGGAAAUACUGGACUCAUGAAUGCAACCCAACCAAUCAACAGACAGGAUUCUUUUUCCUCUCUUGCUGCCUUUCAAGACAUCCCAUUGCUAAUCCCACAAGAAGCUGAUGGAGUUGAUUCUGCUAGUGGAAAUUUAAGACAAAGUGGGUUGGGUAAAUCAAAUAAUAAUUUUCAUGGUCAGACUCAGCCAAGUAGGCCUCCAAGGGCUCCUUUUUCAUUUAGAAAAUCCAAAAUUGCACCUUUGUUUAUGGAUAUGCCAAUGAGAGGGUUUGUAGAUGAACAAGGGAGGUCUUCUGUUACAGUUGUGCACCCUCCCAUGAAGUCUCAUGAUAGAGAAUGGUGGGAGAGUCAGGAGAGAGGUAAUCUUGUUGUUUCUGCAGAUGAAAGUGGGCAGGUUGGUCCUCGUGUUACGUGUCGCUGUCAGGUUAUAAGGAGUGUGAGCCUUUGGUCGGCUGGGACAAGUCAAGUUGAAGGGAGCAUUCACAAUGCUUACUGUUCCCUUAUUGAGAAAGCAGAACACUUGGUCUACAUCGAGAACCAAUUUUUCAUCUCAGGUCUAUCUGGGGAUGAGAUCAUACGAAAUCGUGUGUUGGAUGCCUUGUACAAGCGCAUUAUGCGGGCAUAUCAAGAAAGGCAGUGUUUUAGGGCCAUCAUUGUUAUACCACUAUUACCUGGAUUCCAGGGUGGACUAGAUGAUGGUGGUGCAGCAUCUGUAAGGGCUAUUAUGCAUUGGCAAUAUCGAACAAUAUCAAGAGGACCCAAUUCCAUAUUGCAUAAUCUCUCUGAUCGACUUGGUCCCAUUGUUGAUGACUACAUAUCUUUUUAUGGUCUGAGGUCUUAUGGUAGACUUUCUAAUGAUGGUCUUGUUGCCUCCAGUCCGGUAUAUGUACAUAGCAAGAUCAUGAUAGUAGAUGAUACUGCAGCCUUGGUUGGGUCAGCUAAUAUCAAUGAUAGGAGUUUACUUGGAUUGCGUGACUCCGAGAUUGGAGUACUUAUUGAAGAUAAAGAGGUGGUUGGAUCGUAUAUGGGAGGCAACCCAUGGAAGGCUGGGAAAUUUGCAUUGAGUCUUCGUCUUUCACUAUGGUCUGAGCACCUCGGUCUUCAUGGUAGUGAGAUCCACAAAAUAGCUGACCCUGUAAUUGAUUCUACCUACAAAGACAUAUGGAUGGCAACUGCUGAGGAAAAUACCAUGAUCUACCAAGAUGUCUUCUCUUGCAUUCCUAAUAAUCUCAUACAGUCCAGAGCAUCUUUGAGGCAACGUAUGGGUGAAUUGAAAGGAAAAAUAGGGCAUACUACCAUUGACAUAGGAAUAGCUCCAAAGAAGUUGGAACCAUAUCAAGAUGGAAAUGCUAAAGGAAGUGACCCCAUGGAUAGAUUAGAGGGUGUAAGAGGCCAUCUUGUUUCUUUUCCUUCAGAUUUUAUGUGCAAAGAAGAUCUAAGACCCGUGUUUAAAGAAAGCGAGUAUUAUGCAUCCCCUCAAGUUUUCCAUUAAAUUUAUUUCAUGCCAUUUCAGGCAUGCGGGUAAAUAGAUACCAUUCUUUUUUGUUUCGGGUUUUUUGGGACAAAAUAACAUUCAUAUUUUUGGAUUUAUUGUAUAGAUUCCAUUCUUUAAUGUAUGCAUUCCUCCAAUUAUUUGAACAUACAUGAUCUUUAGUUUGAAACUGUUAUUGAU